AUGGACCCUGUCGAUCAGCACUGGCCCCACCAUAUCAACAUCCGUGGGCGCGUCGGCCCUAAGCAAACCCCAGGCGAUCGCCGCCUCCUAGUGGCAUUCUUAUCAACUCUUAACCAGGAAGCCUAUCUCUGCGACAGCAUGCGAACACACUGCGGCACGUUGGAGGCGUGUAUCGCAUGGCAUCUCCAACUGCGAUACCGUACUGCCAUCUCGAUUGUGACUGACCUAGCCUUGAACGCGACGCUGGGACGCCUGGGUUGCGAAAAUCAAGAUAUUGAUUUUUUUUUUGCCUGGGAACUCGAGAUGGCAGAUACGGCUGUGACACCGCUACCAGUAGGGGCUGGCUAUGGCGUCGUCGUUGGCAUUGGAUUCUUCUUUGCCUUUUUGAUGAUGGGCAUAUCUUAUUUGCAGAACCGUUAUACGCAGUAUUCGACGCAUCAGUCUGAGGAGUUUAAUACCGCUUCUCGCUCUGUCAAGCCAGGUUUGAUCGCCUCUGGUAUUGUGUCGGCCUGGACAUGGGCAGUAAGUAUCCGUAACAGGGAACAUAAGGAAUACGCGGCUGAUUUUUCCAAGGCUACACUCCUGCAAUCAUCGACUGUCGCGUAUACCUAUGGAAUUGCAGGAAGCUAUUGGUAUGCAGCUGGAGCUACAACUGAUGGUGCUCUGAAGGUUCAAAUCCUAAUGUUUGCAAUUCUGGCCUGCAAAGUCAAGCAAAACGCGCCUCGAUGCCACACCUACCUUGAAAUCGUCAAAGCCAGAUACGGCACGGCUGCGCAUUUAGUCUUCAUGGUCUUUGCUUUCAUCACAAACAUUCUAGUCGGGAGUCAGUUGCUCUUGGGAGGCAGUGCAGUCGUGACAAGCCUGACAGGAAUGCCCGUAUAUGCAGCUAUUUUCCUAAUACCUGUUGGUAAGCGUGAAGCGUGGCGCACCCGUACAGCUCCAAUACUGACGAAAAAAAUAGGUGUAUGCGCGUAUGUAAUGCUUGGUGGACUUAGAGCAACGUUCCUUUGCGACUACAGCCAUACCCUGAUCCUGAUGAUCAUCAUCUUAUACUUCAUGUUCAACACCUAUGCCGUCAAUCCGUUAAUCGGCUCGCCUGGCAACAUGUACGACUUGCUUGUCAGGGCUGGAAGUCAACGUCCAAUCGAGGGCAACCAAGAUGGAUCCUAUCUGACGCUCAAGUCCAACUACGGCUUAAUCUUUGGCGUCAUCCAACUCUGCUCCGGAUCAGGGACCGUGUUCCUCGACCAGGCGUACUGGCAACGUGCUAUUGCCUCCAAGCCUUCAACUGCCGUUCGCGCCUAUCUUCUAGGCGGUAUCGCAUGGUUCGCGAUUCCAUUUGGUUUCGCGACAACACUCGGUCUAGCCGCUGCAGCACUCACGGAUAACCCGCGCUUCCCGACCUACCCCGACCUGCCAACCCCUGGACAGAUUUCGUCGGGACUUGCCUCUGCUUUUGCUGCGGAAACUCUGUUAGGUCAGGGCGGCGCCGUGGCACUUCUUGUCGUCUUGUUCAUGGCAGUCACUUCAUGCGCAUCGGCUGAGCUCAUCGCCGUCUCGUCGCUUCUGACCUUUGAUGUGUACAAGGAGUAUAUCCAGCCCAAGGCUACACCCAAGCAGUUGAUCUUCGUCUCACACAUUAUGAUUUGUGUGUUUGGGUUGAUCAUGUCUGUCUUUGCCUGCAUAUGGAACGCACUUUCCAUCGACCUUGGCUGGCUGUUCUUAGUCAUGGGUCUCCUCAUCGGCGGAGCCGUCUUUCCCACCGCCUUCACAAUCGUCUGGCGUAAGCAGACCAAGGCUGGUGCCAUCUCCGGCUGUCUCACUGGGCUCGCCGCUGGUCUGACGGCAUGGCUUGCAACCGCAAAGGUCUACUACGGUGUCAUUGACGUGGAAACGACUGGCAAAUCUUACCCAACACUGGCUGGUAACGUGGCAGCCAUCACGACUGGUCUCAUAGUCACCCUCACCAUCUCCAUGCUCAAACCGGAUGAUUUCGACUGGGAGUUGACCCGAGCGAUCAACGCGAUUGUCGUAGACGGAACACAAGAUCACGGCACGACUACGCGUGCUAAUAGUUCAUCGCCGGAACUCUCAGACUUGACGGAGAAGAAGGGCUUCCAAAAUACUAUAAGCACUACUACUACUAAUACUCCCCCUCCUCCGGCUGAGCUUCCCGCGCAUCUCGCUCCGACCGCAGAUGAAGGUGAAGACGAUCCCCGUACGCUUCGAAGCGCCUUCAAACUCGCCUGCAUCUUCGCUUUCGUACUGACCUUCAUCCUCGACUUCCUGCUCCCCAUGCCCAUGUUCUUCUCCCACUACGUCUUCUCAAGAGGCUUCUUCACAGCCUGGGUGAUUAUCAGUUUCAUCUGGGUCUUUGUGUCCAGCGCAAUCAGCUGUUUGCUACCGGUAUGGGAGACGAGACUGAGUUUUGUGAAAUUGUUUCAUAGGAUGGUGGGGAGGGGUGUAGAUGGCGUGUAA